AUGGUAGUGGCUAUAGCUACGGCAACGGUAGUGGCUAUGGCUUCGCAAAAUCGAAAGCUCUUUCUUAACAAAGUAACAAACUGCAAAGGCUACGAGAAUUCUACUUUAAAUUGGUAUGACGUCACCAUUGAGCGUGACCCAACUACCAAGGAUUUCACGUUUAGUUUAAAACUUAGAGUAAUAAAAGAAGUUAGCACAAAAUUGGAAAUUGAAUUCAAUGUUUGGAAAUGUGAUGCUGCAGGAAGCUUGGAUAGCUGCGAAUAUUUUAUUAAAGGAAUGAAAAAUAAAAAUAUUUGUCAAAUUAUUUCACAAAAGCAUACAUUUUGGUCACCUUUUGUUGAACAUUUCCAGCCUCCAUUAAGAUGUCCCAUCAAACCAGGAGUAUACGAAUCAAAAAAAGUGCCUUUUCAAAGUAGCUUAGUGCAACUAUUUCCUGGAAACUCAUUUUGGAAAUCUCAAAUGAAAGGAUUUGAUAAUGGAUUAAUAAUAUCAUGUGCUGAAACAGAUUUAAAGGUUAAUACAGAAAGACAUGGAUGA